AUGCAAAUUCGACCAGAAUCACCAACAUCGCCCUCCGCUUUGCCCAAUACCAUUCCCAACGUAUAUUCGCGUCCGCCAAUACCCAUUCGCGUCAUAACGCACAACAUCCGCUACUCAGCCGGCUACUGGGACCGCUUUCCACUUGAACCUGCCUGGCGUCCCACCCGGCAUCGUCUCCUCACAUCACAGCUCAAGUUCCUUACCCGCCAGCACUUCACCCCAGCUCAUACAUUCGUCUUCCUUCAGGAAGUCCUACACAACCAGUUUGUCGACAUCGCUACCCACUCGCUGCCUCCAGACCAGUGGGUCGCGCUUGGCGUCGGACGCGAUGAUGGACAGCAGAAGGGCGAGCAUGAGGCGGUCUUCUACCGGAAAGACGCGUGUCGGCUGGUUCAUUGGGAGACGCGGUGGCUCAACGAGACUGGUGAGGUAGGAAAGAAGGGAUGGGAUGCGGGGAGCGUGCGGACUGUGACUUGUGUUGUUCUGGAUUUGUUGGAGCCUGGUCGUGGAACGGAGGCUGCUGCGAGGCUGUUGCUGAUGAAUGCGCACCUGGACAACGAGGGAGCUACGUCAAGGUAUGAGUCGGCUAAGCUCCUACUCAAGAUCACGCAGGAGAUGCGGGAGAAGUAUCGUCCGGACUACUGGGUUGUUGGUGGGGACUUCAACAGCCCAAAGAAGGAUGCCGCAUACGAGACGAUGGUCGAUGACACUGGACUGGUAGAUGCACGCGAUGUUCUUGGUGGCUGGACGUAUGAAACAGAAGCAGAUCAUGCAGUGCAAGCAGUUGGUGGUGAUCCCAGGCCCGUCCAGCAUGAUGAUGGGACGAUCGAGAUAGCCAGCGAGUGGGGAGACGAUCGCUGGGGAGAGUUCAUGACAUACACCGGAUUUGAUGGCAUUGGAGAGAAGCAGCCAAAAGAAGUUCAGCGAAUCGACUUCCUCUUUGUGCCAGACCCGCAGGAACUACAAACUCAAGCACGGAGAGGCGUCAAAGGCUACGCCGUGAUCCCUAACUCCUUCGAGGGCAGCAAAGACGGUCGAGCACAAUUACCGAUCAUCAGGCUGUUUGCUAUAGACGUGGAAUUUGUGGUGUUUAAGGUGCAGCAAGUCAUCUGGCGACGUAGAAGCCGCCAUCCGCAGAGAGCUCGAACACCUCUUCCGCAUCGCGAGUCCAUACCGAACGUUGCGAAUCAUAGGCCGCUGAAGCAAGUAUUGAAGCCGGAUUCGUGGCAGGCAUCACCUCCGAGCUCGGUCUCGGACUCUCCACCUCAUGCGUGGACCCCGUGUCAUUUUGCGGCGGUAAAUGGCUGUCAGCAGGAAGAGAAAGCUCGACACAGAGCCAAUGGCGAUGCCGGCAAGCGCGGCUUUGCUAAGGGCUGGUGCAUCAGGAUAGAAGUAUAUGCCGAGUCUAUGAUGCCAGGCGUAGGAUUCAUGUCGAUGCUGCUGGUCGAUGAAGCCCAUGUUGCCGAUGCUUUCCACGAAGACGGUCCUGCUGCAGAAUCGUCGGUUUGGGAUGUUGAAGUCGCUAUGGUGACAGGUGUCGUUGGUGAGUCGUCCGCCGCAGUCCUCGUCACGCGGAUCGUGGAAGUGCUUGUGAGCGUGAUCGAAUCCGAUGGUUGA